AGAUAUGGCAUUUACGCAAGCUAAGCUGUGUUGUUUGUUGCCAUCAGAAAACUCUAGUGAAGGAAAUUUUGUGCUAGAUUCUUGGAUUAUGACUAAUUUGUGAAGCUAAAGAUGUCUGCACCAAGUCCAAACCCAGGGAGUGCGGCCUCCCCCAUGGGUCCUCCGCAGCAGGCUCUGUCACCCAUGCCUCCCCCCCAGGCCACUUCCCCUGCUGUGGGUCCUCCUCAAGCACCCUCACCCAUGGGACCCCCUCAGGCCCCUUCACCCAUGGGACCCCCAGUGAUGUCUCCUGGACCUAGUGCUCCCCCCAACCAGCCAGGCCCUCCAGGGGCACCCAACGCAUCAAUGCCUCCGCAGGGUCCUAGUCCUCACCACCCUUACCCUCAGGGGCCACAGGGAGCACAGGGGUGGCAGCAGCCACCAGGUCCCUACCCAAACAGUUAUCAGCCACAGCCACAGCAGCAGCAAGGACCUCCCAUGGGUCCUGGCUCACACCAUCCUCCACAGGGUCCACCUAGUGGCCCUCCAACAUCAGGUUUGCCCCCACCAAACUCAGGGGGCCCUAAUGGACCAAGUCCCAGUGGGGGGAGCUUCCAGCAGGAAAACUUGAAUGCUCUCCAGAAGGCCAUCAACACUAUGGAGGACAAGGGACUUCAGAAUGACCCCAGAUACACAGACCUGGUCAACAUGCGUGCUAAGUAUGGAAACAUGGGUCCACCUCCACCUGGUAGCUCUAGCAAUGUCAAUUCUGGUGCACCCACAGGACCACCAAGUGGACCGACUUAUGGGCCUCCUGGUGUUGUGGGGGCUGAGGGGCAAAGGCCAGGACUCCUAAACCCACCUCAGAUGCACCAGCUCCGAGCACAGAUCAUGGCUUAUCGUUUCAUUGCACGAAAUCAGCCAGUCCCCACUCAUAUUACUUCCAUGAUUCAUGGGCGUCGUCCAGACCAGGACCCCACUCGGCCUCCAGGGCCUCCUGGACCCCCUGGUCCACCUGUAACUCCAUCUGGCCCACCAUCUGGACCACCAAGUGGUCCUCCAGCAGGUCCCCCAUCAGCUCCAACAUCAGGACCACCAGUGUCCUCAGGACCACCUGUCCCCACAGGUCCUCCAGGACCCCAAGGCCCACCAGGACUCCCUCAUAGCAUGCAGUACCCAAGACAUGCAGCACCAGGACCAAUGCCAUCAGUACGGCCACCAUACAACGGCACAGAUCCCUCCCAGACCCCUCCACCUCCUCCAAGUGUAAUGACAAGCCAGCCAGGACCUGGGCCUAUGCCAGGAACAACACCAAGGCCUCAGGGUCCACAGCCUGCUCCAGGCGCUACACCAGUCCCUGUUGUUCCUGGAAAGACUAGUCGUGUCACACCAGUUACAAAGCCUAGUGGUAUUGACCCACUGGUGCUGUUGCAGGAGAGAGAAAAUAGGUUGUCUGCGCGUGUAGCACACCGUAUUGAUGAACUUAGUGGUCUCCCGGCAACAAUGGCAGAGGACUUGAAAAUGAAAGCACAGAUAGAACUUCGUGCCCUAAGGCUCCUGAACUUCCAAAGACAGUUGCGUGCUGAGGUGGUAGGUUGCAACAGGAAGGAUACAACAUUGGAAACCGCUAUCAAUAUCAAGGCAUAUAAGAGAACCAAGCGACAAGGCCUACGGGAGGCCCGCAUCACAGAGAAGUUGGAAAAGCAACAGAAGCUGGAGGCUGAACGCAAGAAGAGGCAGAAACACCAGGAGUACCUCAAUGCUGUGUUGCAACAUGGCAGGGAGCUCAAGGAAUUCCACCGCCAGAACAACCAGAAGAUUGGCAAGCUGAACAAGGCUUUGAUGAUGCACCACAUGAAUGCUGAGAGGGAAAAGCAGAAGGAACAGGAGCGUAUAGAGAAAGAACGUCUGCGCCGCCUCAUGCUGGAGGAUGAAGAAGGUUACCGUAAGCUCAUUGACGAAAAGAAGGAUAAGCGUCUUGCCUACCUCCUCACGCAGACCGAUGAGUUCAUAGCCAACCUGACCGAGAUGGUCAAGGCUCACAAGGAAGAUCAGCGUCUCAAGCACAAAGAGGAGAGAAAGAAAGCACGCGAAGAGAGGCGGCGAGCAAGAGAGGUGUCUGGUACUGAAGGGGAAGAUCCUCAACAGACACGUAUCCCUGUUAUUGAGACUGCCACAGGAGCAAUAAUGAGUGGGAUGCAAGCACCAACAGCAGCAACCCUAGAGGUGUUCUUGGCCUCCAACCCUGGCUGGGAGGUGCUGCCUGAAGAGGACACAGAGUCAUCUGAUGAAGAGGAGGAGAAGCAGGUCAAAGAAGCAGAGAAGAAGGAAGAGAAGGAGAAGGAAAAGGCGAAGGCACCUGAAGAGGAAACUAAGCCAGAUGUCAAGAAAGUGGAGGAUGAUGAAUACAGGGAUGUCACAGGAGAAAAGAACUACUAUUCCAUUGCACAUACCAUCAAGGAAACAGUCACAGAGCAAGCCACUAUCAUGGUCAAUGGCAAGCUCAAGGAAUAUCAAAUCAAGGGUCUGGAGUGGCUAGUAUCCUUGUACAACAAUAACCUGAAUGGUAUUCUGGCUGACGAAAUGGGUCUAGGUAAGACCAUUCAGACCAUUGGCCUUAUCACGUACCUGAUUGAAACCAAGAAAAAUAAUGGGCCAUACCUUAUUAUUGUCCCUCUCUCCACCAUCUCCAAUUGGGCCCUUGAGUUUGACAAGUGGGCCCCAACUGUACAGGUGGUUGUGUACAAAGGCUCACCCCAAGUGCGCCGCAUUGUCCAAAGUCAGAUGAGAGCCACAAAGCUGAAUGUCCUGCUCACUACUUAUGAGUACAUUAUCAAGGAUAAGGCUGUGCUCUCCAAACUCCGCUGGAAAUAUAUGAUUAUUGAUGAAGGUCACAGAAUGAAGAACCAUCAUUGUAAACUGACACAGACACUCAACACAUUCUACAAUGCACCACACCGUCUGCUGCUCACCGGAACACCUCUUCAAAACAAGCUGCCAGAAUUGUGGGCUCUUCUCAACUUCCUCCUGCCAUCUAUCUUCAAGUCUUGCUCCACCUUCGAGCAGUGGUUUAAUGCCCCCUUUGCUACGACUGGUGAGAAGGUGGAACUGAAUGAAGAGGAAACCAUUUUGAUUAUUCGUCGUUUGCACAAGGUCCUCAGACCAUUCUUGCUGAGAAGAUUAAAGAAGGAGGUAGAAGCACAGCUUCCUGACAAGGUUGAAUACAUUAUCAAAUGCGAGAUGUCUGGGCUACAACACGUUCUGUAUAGACACAUGCAGUCAAAGGGUGUCUUGUUGUGCGCAGAGGAUAAGAAGGGUCAUAAGAGCAACACCAAGGCACUCAUGAACACUAUCAUGCAGCUGCGUAAAUUGUGCAACCAUCCCUUCAUGUUCCAGCACAUUGAGGAAGCAUAUUGCAAUCAUAUUGGUUUUGCUGGUGGCAUUGUACAGGGACCUGACCUGUACCGAGCAUCUGGCAAGUUUGAACUCCUUGACCGUAUUUUACCUAAGCUGAAGAAUACCGAUCAUCGUGUACUCCUCUUCUGUCAGAUGACACAGCUCAUGACAAUCAUGGAGGACUACCUCAUGUUCAAGGGAUUCAAGUACCUGAGACUCGAUGGCAUGACGAAGUCAGAAGAUCGAGGAGAGCUUUUGAGACUAUUUAACGAGUCUCGGGAGUUCUUCCUUUUCUUGCUCUCCACUCGAGCUGGUGGCCUAGGUCUCAACCUUCAGUCUGCUGACACUGUAAUCAUUUUCGAUUCUGAUUGGAAUCCUCACCAGGAUCUCCAGGCCCAGGAUCGAGCCCAUCGCAUUGGCCAAAAGAAUGAGGUGCGAGUUUUGAGACUGAUGACUGUAAACACUGUGGAAGAGCGUAUCUUGGCUGCUGCCCGCUACAAACUCAACAUGGACGAGAAGGUCAUCCAGGCUGGUAUGUUCGAUCAGAAGUCUACUGGAUCAGACCGUCGGCAGUUCCUGCAAGCCAUACUCUCCAAUGACACCAUAGAGGAAGAGGAAGAAGAUGAAGCCCCAGAUGAUGAGACAGUGAACCAGAUGAUUGCUCGUGGUGAAGAGGAGUUUGAAAUCUUCCAAAAGCUGGAUACUGAAAGGAGAAUGGCAGAAGACAAGCCUCGCCUCAUGGCUGAAGAUGAACUGCCAGAAUGGAUGUUGAAGGAGGAAGAUACGGAAGAAGAGGAAGAAGAAGAACAAGAGGAGCUGGGAGACCGUCGAGCCCGAACCAAGAAGGAGGUGGAUUAUUCAGACAGCCUGACAGAGAAGGAGUGGUUGCGAGCUAUUGGGGCAAUGGAGAAUGAUGAUGAAGAGGAGGCCAAUGGCAGCAAGAGCAAGCGUGGUUCCAAGGGCAAGCGAAGGAGGAUCGAUGACGAUGAUGAUGACCCUAAGCCCAAGAAACGAGGUCGACCGGCGAGGGAGAAACCAGGUCCCAAGAACAAACGCCUGAUCAAGCAGCUCAAGCGUCUGAUGGACAUAGUCAUCAAAUAUGAGGACAGUGAUGGAAGGGUGCUGAGUGAGCCCUUCAUGAAGCUGCCUUCACGUCGGGAGCUUCCAGACUACUAUGAGGUGAUCAAGAGGCCCAUGGAUAUUCGCAAGAUACUCAACAAGAUAGAGGAAGGAAGGUAUGAAGACUUGAAUGACGUAGAGGGCGAUUUCAUGCUUCUGUGCCGCAAUGCUCAGGAAUAUAACGAAGAAGCAUCAAUCAUUUAUGAAGACUCCAUAGUCAUGCAGAGUGUGUUCCUCAAUGCCCGUGAACGCAUUGAGACAGAGGCUGAUAACCUCCCAGAGGAAGAAGAUGAUGACGAUGAUGAGGAAGAGGAGGAGGAAGUAAGGCCCAAGAAGGGAAAGAAAAGCAAAGGAGACAAGGGGAGAGGACGAAAGAAAAGAGUGAAAUAUGCCGAUGAUUCAGAUGAUGAUGAUGAUGAUGAUGACGAUGACGUGAGUAAGAAGGAAGUAGAGUGAGAGUUAUCAUAAAGACAUGAAGAUGACACCAAGUUUGAUUAAUUAAAUGAUUGAUUUCUUAUGAUGGUAUAAUGCUUUUCGGAGAGCCGUGCCAUUUCCAGUGGGGAAAAAAACUGAGUAGUAAAGAUGUUGGUUUGGCUCAGCAGUUUUAAGCUGUCUUCUUAUUUUAAGGUUAAAAAGAAAAGAAGGAAGAGGUCUCUUAAUGUAAGCUUUGUGACAGAACUAGUUUUGUUUUUGUUUUUAUUAUUAUUACUUUAUUGAAAAUUACUGUAGCCAAAUUCUGAAAAUUGAUCUCAAAUUUCUGUGAGUAACUGGCCCUUUAUUUUUGUUUUAUGCAUCAAAGCUCACUUUGUAUGUUACAUCUGAGGACACAGUUUUAUUUUAUUUUAAAUUUAUUUUCUCCUUGAGUAACAUUUGUUUUUGAACUUGAGUCUUGGCUAAUGAAUUGUUUUUCAUUUUUUCUGUGUAUUUUUUCCAGUGAAGUGAUCAAGUGUCAUCAGGUUGCAGAUGCAAGAAAGGAGUAUGAGAAAAAAAGAUUCGGGGGAAGAUCUCUUUUAUGGGUGAAAUUGUUCAAAUUUGCCAUCACUUGAAGUAGACCAGUUGUAUGAAGAUUUAUGUUCGAGAGAAAUGCAUUUAUCAGUUCAAUUUGGAAUGCAACUUGCAACCAUCAUGGUUGCCUGUGUAGAAUAUGAUUUUUUUUUCUAAGGAAAUACACCUUCAAAUAUUUUUUUAAGGCAUUGGGACUUGCCAGUGGCAUUAAAAAAUAAAUGUAAUAAUAACAGAUUUCUGUUAAUUCAUGUAGCAAAGGUAUAGGUUAGAGACAUCUAUUGCUUCUAAAGAUAGUGUCAGGAAAGUCAGGUGCAGAAAUGCUUUCAUGAUGACUAGUAAAGUUUCUGUAUAUUUCAUGCUGUCACAGUAGACAGUCAGGGAUAAUAAAUAAUUUUACUGGUGUUUUUAUGUUUAAAUUAAUUAGAUUUGAAUAAGAGAAGGUAGAAAAGGGUGAAUAAAAAGUGUAAGAACCUGAUUCAAACAAAGCAGUUGUUCAUCUGCCAUUUUAUUUUUGUAUUAUUAAUUUUAGAUACGUUUUUAAUUCUAUUUAUGUAGUGAAAAAUUGAAAAAGUUUAUUGAAAGCAGAUGUAAAAUCUAAUAAAUAAGAGCACAAAUUUAUCCUCUGAUUGACAGGAAAAAUAAGUAAAGAAUGAAUUUUACAACACAAUACCAGCAUUUUAUGUGAAAUCAUUCCAGUUUAAAGACAUUGCAUAAAAACUAAUUGUAUGCAGUGAUGUUAUGUAAUCAUUGGAAGAGGCAACUAGUUUAGUUGAUAAUAAAUGUGGAUGCAAGCUGAACUUAUCAGAAAGAAUGGUGAAUGAGACUACCUCCAAUACAGGUUUGGGUCAUUGGGAAAGGACUAGAUUUAUGGAGAUUUUCAGAAUGAAUGUAUGGUUGUUAUUUAUUUACUAUAUUUUUUUUUCUUUUUUUAUAUAUAUAUAGGGAGAGUAAGCAUCCAUCUGUAACUGUCAUAGUUUGCAAAAAUUGUAUAAAAGUUUGGGUUUAAUUUAACUUUGCAACUGCUGAAAAAGCAAAGAAUCUCUGAAUUAUUUAAGCUUCCAUACUUUCAUUCCAUGUUCUGUCUGUAGAAUCUUGAGAUGAAUGUGUUUAAGCAUAAAGUAUUGUAAUACUUUUGUUUAUUAGCAAAUUAGUCAACAUGUCAUGAAAUAAAACAUCAAAAAGAU